CAUCCUUCAGAGACUUGAAGAUUUGCUUCGCUUUUGAAUAGAUACGGAUGGCGGGUCUAGAGAAGGCAAGGCUUACGCUCGCGGUGUUGCUUUGUGUCAUAGCCUGCAGCGUUAUGACAGAUGCAUUCGACGAACCCAAAUCUCCUCCACCACCAUCUCCCUCACCUCCAUACUACUACUAUUCACCACCUUACAAAUACUCCUCACCACCUCCACCACCUUACAAGUACUCAUCGCCUCCUCCACCACCUUACAAAUACUCAUCGCCUCCUCCACCACCUUAUAAGUACUCAUCGCCUCCGCCACCAUACAAAUACUACUCGCCACCUCCACCGCCCUACUAUGACCAUCCGUAUUAUUAUGAUCACUCUCCAUCUCCACCGCCUUAUAAAUACUCCUCACCUCCACCGCCAUAUAAGUACUACUCACCUCCACCACCUUACAAGUACUCAUCGCCUCCUCCGCCAGCAUACAAAUACUCAUGGUAUUCUCCGCCGCCAUACAAAUACUACUCGCCUCCUCCACCUCCCUACUAUUACAAGUCUCCACCUCCACCACCCUACUAUGACCAUCCUUAUUAUUAUGAUCACUCUCCAUCUCCACCGCCUUACAAAUACUCCUCACCUCCUCCACCUUACAAGUACGCCUCCCCUCCACCACCAUACAAAUACUCCUCGCCUCCUCCACCUCCCUACUAUUAACACUUCCGCAUACCCCUCUCCACCACCUUAUAAGUACUCCUCACCUACUCUACCACCAUGCAAAUACUACUCACCUCCUCCACUUUCUUACUAUUAUCACCAUCCACCUCCUCCGCCUUGCAAGGACUCAUCACCUCCUCCGCCUCCCCAUAUUAUCACCACUAUCCUCCGCCACCAGAUUAUUGCAGAUCACCACCUCCACCAUAUUAUUAGAAGUCUCGGCCUCCGGCACCUUUGUGCUCAUUAUCACUCUCAUCAUCCUCCAUCGAUUGAAUAUAUCACCACCUCCACCGUACUACAUCCAACCACCACCAUCAUCAUAAUUAGUCUCCAAUAAUUCCACCAUCUCAAUCCUCUCAUCAAUCGGCUACUGCAAACAGUCCACAUCUUUAUCUCCUUCUAUGUACUGGUUUAAGCCUUUCAACUAGACCAUCUCGAUCCAAUCCCUUAUUGCGGACAAACAUUGUUAUCACCCCCUCCCCACCACCUCUUCAUGUGCACAAUUAUUGUAGUAAGCCCCUGUCGUUGCCAUUAUCAUUACCAUCAUCAUUAUGGUCAUGCUGCUCUAUAUACUCUUACAGCAUUAGUAUCAGAAAUCUACUACUAGGUGCUAGUAGACCUGGCCUCUAUAUUCUGUGUAGUUCUAAAAACGAGCAUGGGGUUCUGAAUUCAUGGUUUUUAACAGCUUCUAUCUAUGGGUUAUUGUUAUAUUUUUAUUUUGAAAUGUGGAGCGACUUCCUUGGUGAGCUCUAUGUUGUAGUAGCCCAGCUGGUGCUCAUUACUGUAUGGAUUGUUCAUGUGAGACAUUUAUAUAUACUGUUGCUUUUCCAUA